GUUUACAGGCACGAUGAGCAUGAUAGGAUGGAGCGGAGAGAACGGGAUAAACAGGCCCGUGCCCAGCUACAGGCCGAACGGGAGCCGGAACCAGCAGCGCCACUGUUUGCAGCACCGGUUAAAGUGCAAAGUCCAUCCGAGGGGGACAUGCAGAUCGCCCAGCGCCUCGGCAACUUCGAGGUAGCCAAGAAGCACAUCCUGGAAUCCUUUUCGCAUCAAGUGAUUGGCAUCGCGCCCAGCCCGAACCCCUCGACGCCCCUGCGCCCCGCCAGCCUGCCCACCGGCAGGUCGCUUGCGCCGAAAAUCAAUAGCAAUAGCACUAGUACCAAUAGCAAUAGUAACGCCAACUUUGUCAAGCCAGCCGACAAUCGGAUGCUGUUUAAUGGCCGGCCGCCUGGGUCAACGUCGACGACGUCCUCGAGUGCCAGCCGGACAGGACACUACCCGUUCGCCGAUGCCGGUUCUUACACCAAACAUGAGGUGCACGGACUCCCACCGAAGGGACCUCCCACAGCCAUGCCGACGUCGCUGAUGAACGGCCGUGUGUCGGCGUCGUCCGGUGGUGGCAUCGGUGCGGGGGCCACCACCACGGGACCAUCCGUCGCCGGUGAUAAGUUACCCUCGCAAAUGCCCAACGGCCGACUGCCCCAGGUUGCAAAUGCAAAAAUGCCUAGAGUAAACUCAAGUGAUAUUUCAACCCCGCACAAACAGGGCAGCAACGUGGAGAAGAUUCUGCACGAGAUGAAAAUCAACGUCAUGACGCCGCUGACGGAAAUCGGGGCCACGCCGCGCAAGGAGCUGGAGUCGAAGUUCAACUUCAAUCCGAACGCGAAGCCGACGCACGUUUACGCCACCCUACCGCCCAUGCUGGGACCCUUGAAGCCCCUGUCGGCGUUGUCAUCCGGUCCGACCAAGUCGUCCUUUCCCGGAUUGGCAAUGCCUCGUCCGUUAGGGCCAAGCUUAGAGGACGAUAAUCAUAAUAACGCCUCCGAUAGUGACGACGCUGGGGACGGUGGGUCCAAGAAGCGCCAGUCUAGUGAUACCUCAUCGAACGAAAGUGCGGACGAAUCGUCGAGUGAAGAUUCCAACAUCGGCAAUAAGGGGCUGGGCAGCGGGGUUCCGCUCGGUCCCGGCGGCGGGCCGAUAGGGGCGGACCUUACCUCGAACGGUGGUGUGGGUGUAGGUGUGGUGGGUGGAACGGCCGGUGCCGGUGGAACCGGCGGUGGCAAUGCCCCCGGCGGCGGUAGCCCUGUCCGCCGACCGAUGGACUGGUCGCUGCUGAACUUCCUCAAACAACCUACCAACAGUAGUCAACAAGUGCCAAGCGAAAGUGCCCCCCAUGGAGGCGGUGGUAGUGGUGGUGUUAUUGGUGUCGGUGCCAUAACCGGGAGUGACCGUCAUCACCAUCUCAACGCCAACAUGCAUAAUCACGAGGAAAACUCCGUCUCAUCGCCGCUCCGACCGCUCCGGAUCAGCUCCGGUGGUGGUGAUGGUGGAAUUGCAUCCCCUGCCGUCUCGGACCGGUCAUCGUCCGGUGCGGCCAUCAAAAAUGAACCGUUGCCCCCGUUGACCGACGAUGACCACCUGUCGAAUGCGAGCAGUAGCGCAAGCAAUGGCGACGGUUCGAUGGCGGCCAACUCGGGUGUUGGUGGCGUUGGUGCGACCGCUCACAUAUCCUCGGCCAACUCCGUGAAGCAGGAACCGUAUCCCAGCGAAAACAGUGCCUCAUCGCCGCCACAGACCGGCAUCAAGAGUGAACUGAAGGAAGACGCGAUCGAUCGGUUGUCGUCGUCUAGUCCGGGCAAAAGUCCGGAUGCUCAUCCGCUCGGCGGAAACUACCACCAAAACAAUGCUCACCAUCACCAACAGCAGCAUUUGUUCAACGAUGUCGUUGAACAGGAGGAUGUGAUAAGUGCCCUACAGGAAGCCAAAGAGUUUAGCCUGAUCAAACCCAUCUCGAGCAUGUCGGACAGCGAUUCCGAUGAUGCGGAAGCGCUCCCUCCGUCGGCGGUCAUCGGAGACAUUGAAACGCAUCGACUGAAUCUGCAUCACUUAGUGCAGGACGGCAGCCCGGUCGGGGUGACCGCCACCGGGAACGGGGUAGCAUCAUCUGCUACGGCUGCUACUAAGAAGAAAAAGCUAAAACGCAAGCCCAUCGGAGGCUCGGGCACUGAGCGAGAAUCGCGGGACAGUUCCACGAGCAGCAGCGAGGACGAACGGUACGGCGGUCCCCGCCGAAAUCGCUCGCAAUCGUUCGAAAAAGACAAGUCAUCCCAUAAAACGCGGGGACGAGUGAAAAAGGCAACAAACAAUGGCAGCAAUACUCAAGGCGGCGGGGGUGACGGCACGACCAGUGCCGCGUCAAGCGCGCGCUACUCGGACGCGGACUCAGUCGCGAGCGGGCGUGGUGGCACGGGUAGUGGUGGACGAAGAUCCAGUAAGACGCCCUCGCUCGGUUCGACACCGACGAAGAAGUCUUCGUUGACGAAUUCCUCCGCGCAUCUCGGCGACAUCGGUGGCAUCAUGAGCCCACCGAUCAGCAUACCAUCGGUGGAUGGAAUCGGUGGCGUCGUGUCGAAAAAGUUGGCCUCCUCCCGCAAGUCACGCACGGCCAAGAUUCUCAGCAGCGAAACGGUGAUCUCCAGCGAAAGCAGCUCAGCUUCGUCCGGUCUGUCGGACCACCACCACCAUUCGGCUUCGUCGGCCGAAUCGGACUUUGCCACCGAAAGCCCGGCACCGGUCGAGAUCGAAACUCCUACCCCGGCCGCCGUUGUGGUACCUGUGAAGACGAAGAAGCAGAAGGCGAAGAAGAACAAAGCGGAUAAGACUGCGGCGGCGAUGGUGGUGGCUCCGUCGCCGGGUGGUGGUAAGGUCUUAGGAGCGGAUGUCGACGGAGUCGAGUUACCCGCCAAGAUCAGCGCCAACGGUGGUGGAGCGGGCAAUCGCGGAAGCAAUAGCAGUCGAAGUAGUAACAACUUCCCCCUGCACAAUUUGUCCUCGGACAGCAAUGACGAAAGGCCUUCAAUAAUUUCGCCGCCAUUCCCAUCGAACGGUGCGAGGACCGCGGAAGUGGCAAAUCAUGCAAUGGAUGCCAAGGGCAAGAAAAAGAAGAAAAGCCGCAAAGGUUCGACGGCGUCAGCGCUCGGAUCGGUCGACGAAGAGGAUGACAAUCGAGUGCCGAACGUCAACAACAUCGACAACCACGACGACGACGACGAUGAUGACGACGAUGACGAUGAUGACGACGACGAUGACGAUCGAUCCGACAGCAACAGUGACAGUGACAGCGAUGCUCCGGGCAAGAAGGAGAAGAAGCAGAGUAAAAACAAUAAAGCUGCCGUGUUCGUGCGCGUCUUCAUCAACACUGCAGGCGCCAGCGGUGGCAAGGGUAAGGGUGGAAAGGGUAAGGGCGGCAAAGGCAAAGGGCAGGUUUACAUUGACCAUGUGGAUGAGCUGCAUCCUGCCAAAAACCCAACUGCCACCACACCGAACUCUGGAACACCAUCGUCAGCUUCAGCGACCGAUUCGCGCGGACGACCUCCGUCCCGGCAGCAUCUAACCGUGCCGGGAUUGGCGGUGGCCGGUAGUGCCUCGACCCCACCCAGACCUCCAUCCGCCACCGGGGAUAGUGGCCGUCCGAGCAGCCGAGGAGGUACAGUUCAAACGAACUCCUCCGCAUCACCCGCGCCUACGAUCGACAAGCAGCUGCUGUUUUCGCCCGCACGAGGUGCCUUAAGCAAUAGCAACUCACUUUCACUGCUCUGCCGGAUCGACCUGACUCGACUGCUCAAGAUUCCACCGCCACCAAAGAGCAACGGUGGCGGAUUUGAUUCCCGGCAGCAGCAGCGACCGAACGAAAGCUACAGUGCCCAGCGCAGUGCCUCCGCUCGCCAGAAGAGCAAAAGUCCGUACGAUCAGCAGCUGCACAGUGGUGGUGGUAAGCGGAGAAGGAAUUCCGUGGGCCAGCAGCAGCACCAGCAGCAACAACAGCAGCAGGAUCAUGACAGGAGCGGUAGUUCGGUGCAUAGUUCCUCGUCGACGCCACGAUUGCUAGACGACCGGAUGUCUUACGGUGCCGGUGGUCGACUACUUCCCGAUGGUCUGCUCGAUUCUUCCUCCCCGCUGGAGAACGGCUCCGGACCGGUGCGACAUCGAAGCAAUUCCAUCAACAGUGACCACAGCGGUGCGGCACAGAAGGCACGUGAUUAUCAUCGGGCCGGACUCGACGGUAGUGGAGUUUAUUCACCGUCGAUGAACCACCGGGGCAGCCAUCACAGCAUCUACCAGUCCUAUCAUCAACAAGGGGACUCCGGGCCCGGCGCGAAAUCGUUAGGUGGCAAAGCGUACGACGAAAAACUGCUCACGAAAUCGGAAAAGCUCGGGUACGGCGAGCAACAACGACUGAAGGAGGAUAAAUCGUCCGUGCUGUACGGGGGCAAAUACUCCAAUUACGGUAUGAUCAAACAGGAAGGUAAUUCCGUGCAGUCGAUCAUCAAACAGGAGUACGGUGGUGGUGCCGAGAUGGUGGACAGUAAGAUGGGUAAGAUGGCUCAGUCUGGUGCGUCCUCUGCCGUCGUCACGAACGGGACACUGGGUGCAGAAGGUGACCCGAUCGGAGGUGGUAGUGCAUCGUCCGAAAGGAUGCGCAAACGGUCCACCAGCUCGGGCAGCAACAAUACGUACAAGGAGAAGCGUCGGAAAAAGGACAAAUCUACCAACUCACAGACUGAUCAACUUGACCAACUUCCACCGACCAACCACGAUCGGUUAGAUGACUGCCAAUCGGUACCGGAACGUUCAGGAGGAUCGUCUUCGACGAUGGUCGCCUCAAAUGCGACAACAUCCGAAAGGACGUCGGGCGGCGGAGGAGGUAUGCAGCAUCCAUCGCAUCACAAUAUCAACCAUCAUCACACACAGCAGCAGCAACUGGUGGCCGGCGGCGCAGCGAUGGGUUCUAACGCUGGUGUAGUGACGGAGAUUAUCAGCGUACCACCGGUGCUAGAGGCCGUUCCACAGUCGUCGGUGCAAAUCAAAAAGGUGUACGUAUCGUACUUCGAGCGAACCGACGACGAAGUGCCGGAGAUCCGUGACCAGAAUCGAUUCCUAUCCGAGGCUAAACGAUUGAAGCAUGCCGCGGAUCGCGAACUGGACCAUCUGAAACAGGCGAUGCUAUACCUGGAAGCCGUACUGUUCUUCCUGCUCACCGGGGACACGAUGGAGCGGGAUCCAAUCACCGAGAAAGCUGCCUUCACGAUGUACAAAGAUACGCUUUGUUUGAUUAAGUUCAUUUCAUCAAAAUUUCGUAGCCAACUGCAGCAUCCAACGGUGCAGGGCAACAUUCACACCAAGGUGGCCAUUUUGAGCUUACGAUGUCAGUCGUUGAUCUAUCUGAAGCUGUACAAAAUGCGACGAAUGGACAUGAAGGAGGCGGUCAAAACGAUCGGCGAGUUCAACCACAAGACGAGCAUCGUGCCAGCGCCAACACCAGAACUGAUCAACGGUAACACACCGUCACCGCUCUCGCCGACGUCCGUAACGUCGCAGAGCUCAGGAUACAGUUCCGGGCAGAACAAUCAGGUCGGUGCAGUACAACCAAUGAGUUCCUCACCUGCCCAAUGCAUCAUCAUGCCUAUGAACGUCCACGGUGCAUACCAAAAACAAACCACCUUAUUCACGCACCUUUCCACGUGUCUGGAUCUAUGGGAACAAGCAGACAGUUUAGUGUUACGGGGGAACCAUAUCGAAUUUUUCAUCGACCUCGAUCACGAAAAUGGACCUAUGACGUUGCACAGUUCGCUGUACAACGUCGUCAAGUACGUACAAGCCGGCAUCCAGAAGCUGCGGCGCAUGUAACAUUGGACGCUUUCGCCGGAGCCACCGUUGGAGAAGUUGUUAGUUCCGUUCUAGCUGCUCGUCUUCUGUUUUCCUUCCUGGUGACAAUAAUAAGCAACGACAAGAGAGGGCGGUAGGACUGUUUGAUAACUAUCUCCCCACGCCAGGGGUGGUUGAGGAUCAUCACGAUAAACUCGGAACUCGGUUUCCGCGAACGACGAGUAUCCAAAAGCAAUGGGUUUGAUGCCAUUCAACUGGACUGCUGUGCGUGGGUGCGUGAGAUUUUGGGCGCUUCCAUCAUCUUCAGUUCGACCACAAGAAAGAUCCAAUGCUUUGGUAGCGUUCCACAGCAGUCUUAUCUAGCAAUCAAUCAAUCAAUCAAACAAACAAACAAGCAAACACGUGGGAACAUAUUGGAUAGGAGGCGGAGCUCGGAGAAGUUGCAGUAGGAUGGAAAAAGGAGGGACAGAUAAGAAUACGAUCAGCAGAAUCCUGAUCACUGUUUAACCAAUGUGGUUGAAAUUCCACAAAACAUUACCAGCAAAUUUUACUUUCUUUGCCGUGUAUUGAAUGAUUUUUAUUGAACAAAAACACCUCCAUUAUGUUAACGUAAUGAAUCCAUAUAACAUGAUGUUCCCAGUCUUUAUUAUUUGGAUACACUAUUGUAAAAACCCAGACCUCUGCUUUUGUUUCAUUUCAUUUCUUCGGUAUUGUUAACCAUUGUUCCGGAAAGAAUCGACACGGUUCCUAAUCAUCAACUCGAUUGAACGAUUCCUAACAAUUCUCAAGACCACCCAACACACUAAGCAAACGAAGCGGAGCUCAAAUUCGAUAUUAAACUUUUAAAUUUCAAAGACGGACCAUAUACCGAAGCUCACCAAUUCUCUUUUAGUCCCCGGUAUGAGAUCGCAAGCAAGUCAAACAGGACGUAUACACUGGAAGACGAGUGUGACCGGAUGCAAUAGGCAGUUGAACCCUUCUUUGAAAAAUAGUAAUUGUCCCUAAACUUCCUCACAGUCGACGGAAGAAGUGGAACGGUAAUGUAAGCGACUAUUUUAUGAAUACUUUUAUCUGUUUAUUAUUAACAUGCUGUAAUGCUCACACAAGACACAAGUUGAAGAGACACGGGAACAGACAGAAAGGAGACGGUUUAUUGGAAGGGAACCGUAAAGGAUGCGAACACGAAAGCUUAAAAAACGGCAAUAGAAGGUACACCAAACACAAAGAAGAACGGUAUAAGAGAAUGGAAAAAAGCUAGCAUAAUUUAUUGAACCACAAUUUUACGUAGCAAUAGCGGCAGCGCGCAAUGGAAUGGAACGAAGGUAGAGAAUGAUAGUGGCUGACAUCAAAGAUUAAGUAGUUAAAAUUUAGUCAAAUGAAAGAGCGAAGCGGUGCGAACGGCAAAAGAAGGUGAUGUCGACGACUGUCUUGUUCGGCUUGAAAACCCGACGCAAGUUGUAUAGAAUCGGUACACUGUUUAGAUUGCUACAUUUGUUUUUAUUUGUAUACCUAUUUUCUUCUGCUCUUCUCUUUAUUUGUUGAAUGAGUAAAAAUAUAUCUACACACAUAAGUUAGUCACAUA